AUGAGCACAGACUCAACUGACCCCGCCAUCGCAUUCCUUGAUUCGGCCAAGUUUUUCGACACCGUGGCGCUAGCUCGAAGCACAGAGAAGGCUUUAGAGAUCAUAAUGCCAUGGUGCGAGAUGAAGGAAUUCUCACAACUUGGUAUUGUAAAAGAUGUGCAAAACCAAGCCAUCAUUUAUUCCAAAGCCAUUCGUUCCAGUGUCGAUGCUGCUCAUGUUGGAUUCACGAUCUGCGAUGAUGCUUUAGCGCUUAUUAAAUUCAUGCCGCAUUCAACUCCCGAAGACCGGAUUGCGUUUUUGAAAGGAGUGAAGGAAUUGACACAGCAAGGAUACGACAAGGCAGUAGAGGCAAAGUUGGGUUUUAUUCACCUUCUAAAUAAGAUAAAGGCCGAAAAAGAUUCCACAAGGGAUUGCGGUAUUACCGAGAUGCAAACACUGCUUUCCAAGGGCGUACAGGACUUGGAGCAGUUCAGCAUUAUAUUAACAAAGUUUGCUGCCUGGUGGAACGAAAUGGCGAUGGAAACGAGUUCACAAUUACGGAGGGAGAAGAUGCUCAUGCAGGCAUUUACUAACCUUCAGCUGACGUCUCUCGAGCAGAAAUGGAAGGAGCAUAGAAGUCGGUAUGCGGCGUAUGUCAACGAGAUUAGCAUUGUUCAAGAUCGAUAUCCCGGUUUAUUUGACGAGUCCAAGCCUGCGACAUUUGGAGAACCACAAUACGCUCCACCUCCAGGACCGCCUCCAGGUUACGCAGUGCAACAACAAGACAAGGCGAUUAUAGCCAGAACUGAGACCACGGAAACACACAGUUCGGACCAUUGGAGGUUCUUACCUGGGUUGCAUCGACCAAAACCUAUCAGGUCCCCAACGGUCAUUAUAAGCGAGGAGUUGUCAUCGACAUCGUAUCUAUCAGCAUCGUUGUCGACUGUGCAGGUUUUGGAGCCACACAGGUGCUUGGUGAUUCUUCAGUUCCAGUGCCAUCCAUCUCCUUCCCGCCGGUUCAACGCUCUGCGGAUCAAGUGGAAACUGAAAUCUGUCCGCGGAGUACAUCCAUCCAAGAUGAUUGACGUCGCGCCCAAAUAUGCCAUAGGCGCAAAAAACGAAGAAAGCCACCACAGGAAGUAUAGUUUCAGUAUCCCAGCUCAGUUCAGCGUGGGUGGAUUUAACACGGGCCCAGAGGUCAACGCCGAGUGGCAAGUGAGGAAACAACUCGCACAUGCCAUGACCAUCACUGGGUCCAUCCGUGGACACAGUCAAGAUUCAGCCGAAUGGAGCGUGGAAGAAAAUGCGAGCGCUAUGACGGGAAUUCCUCCCCACUUUUGUAUCGCAGCCGUUGUUCAAUACGAGGGCAUUGUGAUGAUGGAACUGGAAGUCCUGGCGAAGCAGAGAGGAACAGGGAGCUGGUGGAGCUCUAGAAACCAGGCCAAGGAGGAUUUUGUUGUGGACUUUGAUAAAGCUCGACGUGAAUUUCCGGAAUACAAGCCAUCCCACAACUGGACUUGCUGGUUCCCGUUGAUCACUGGGGAAGUUGCAGGGGGUGCUGUGGUACACGCACAGGAAGCAGUGACGAGAAAUUAG